GUACAGUGACGGACGUUAGCACAACAUGCGCCAUUGAAAACAAACGUAGCAGAUACGGCGGGGGGACCGAGUUUUUUUUAUGCUAAAUAGUUAGCCGUAUCUUGUCUUUAUUAAACGUGCGACACAUUUAUUUACAAUGGAGAGUAUUUUAGAGCAACAGCGUCGCUAUCACGAAGAGAAAGAGAGGCUCAUGGAUGCUAAAACUAAAGAAAUGUUACAUAAGAAGUCCACGCUGCGGGAACAGAUAAAUUCUGACCAUCGAACAAGAGCAAUGUUGGAUAGGUAUAUGGAAGUGAGCUCAAAUGUCAGAGACUCCUAUGAAGACAAAGAUGGAAUGAGAAAGGAUGAACUUGCUGCAAUCUCGGGACCAAAUGAGUUUGCGGAGUUCUACAACAGACUGAAACAGAUAAAGGAGUUUCACAGAAAGCACCCAAAUGAGAUUUCCAUCCCCAUGUCUGUAGAGUUUGAGGAGCUGAUGAAGGCCAGAGACAACCCCAGCGAGGAGGCUCAGAACCUGGUGGAGUUCUCCGAUGAGGAAGGCUACGGCCGCUACCUCGACCUCCACGACUGCUACCUCAAGUUCAUCAACCUGAAGGGAGCCGAGAAACUCGAGUAUAUCUCGUACCUGUCUUCAUUCGACCAGCUUUUUGACAUCCCCAAGGACAGGAAGAACGCUGAAUACAAAAAGUAUCUGGAGAUGCUGCUGGAGUAUCUGCAGGACUACACGGACCGGGUCAAACCUCUGCUGGACCAGAACGAGCUCUACGGCAAAGUGCUGUCAGACUUUGAAAAGAAAUGGGAGAACGGGACCUUUCCAGGCUGGCCCAAAGAGACGAGUAGUGCUUUGACACACGCUGGCGCUCAUCUGGACCUCUCUGCUUUUUCUUCCUGGGAGGAGUUGGCUUCCUUGGGUCUGGACAGAUUGAAGUCUGCCCUUAUGGCGUUGGGACUGAAAUGUGGAGGGACUCUGGAGGAGAGAGCUCAGAGGCUCUUCAGCACGAAAGGCAAGUCCCUGGAAUCACUGGACCCGUCUCUGUUUGCCAAGAACCCGAAAGCCAAAGGCCCUAAAAAAGACACAGAGCGUAACAAGGAAAUUGGCUUCCUGGAAGCUCAAGUCUAUGAAUAUGUGGAGAUCCUCGGGGAGCAGAGGCAGCUGACUCACGAGAACGUCCAGAGGAAACAGGCCCGGACCGGGGAGGAGCGCGAGGAAGAGGACGAGGAGCAGCUCAGCGAGAGCGAGAGCGAAGACGAUGACAACGAGAUCAUUUACAACCCCAAGAACCUGCCGCUGGGCUGGGAUGGCAAGCCAAUUCCAUACUGGCUCUAUAAACUACACGGGCUGAAUAUCAACUACAACUGUGAGAUCUGUGGGAACUACACUUACAGGGGACCCAAAGCCUUCCAGAGGCACUUUGCCGAGUGGAGGCAUGCUCACGGCAUGCGCUGCGUAUGUAUUUUGAAAAGUUUUUGGAAGUUGCUUUCAAUAACCCUUUUGUGUUUUUGUUUUGUUACUCCAGUGUGGGCCAAGCUGAAGUCCCAGAAGGCAUUAGAGCGGUGGCAGCCCGACACAGAGGAAGAGUACGAGGACUCGAGUGGCAACGUGGUCAACAAGAAGACCUACGAGGAUCUGAAGAGACAAGGCUUGCUGUAGAUUGAGGAGAAUAUGACGAGUCACAAAAAUGUAACGUCUAAUGAGCAUCCUUUAAGAUUUGCUAUAUUUUUUAUCGCCCAUGUUUUUUUUUUUUUUUUAUGUGUAACUAGUAAUGUUUUACAGAAUGCAUCCCACCCUCGUCCCUCCCUUUGAUAACUUUGUAAUGUGGCAACCAUUGAUCCUUAUAAUAAACUUUUGUCACCUUGCUGUU